GUUCGUGGGAGCUGCGCCGAGCGUCCGAGCCUCAGUCCACCGUCGACCUUCGUGCGCGUCGGUUCGAUUCGAUGUCCGGUGUCUCGCCACGUAACCGCCUGCUCCGUCUCGCUGGUCGUCCUUCGUCCUAAAUCGCGGUUCGAGCCGCGUAUCCAGCGAAAGAGAAUCCAGAAAGAUCGUCGCGCGGAAGCCGUGCGUCGAUUGGAAUUGGAGCUGACGUUUCGAAGCUCGCACCAUGCACCACCAUCGUCGCGUUUGAAUCUUCGGCGUUGCUUUCGGAACCGUAACAUUGGAUAUCGAGGAGGCUCGUUCGCAAACCACCCGGCCCCCCUCAGGCAAACGAAAAGAUGAACGCACCGGUGUACGCGUCGUCCUGCCCCGCGUUGCAGUCGAAUCUGUCGCUGCACAGCUCCUCCUACUACAGCGAGUACAACGGAGCCGCGAGGAGGCGGUUGUCCUCGACGGGGGAGGCCGACACCUCGGCCACGUCGAGCUACGAGGGUAGCGACAGUUCCGAAAACAGCGACGAGUCUCGCCUGGAACCGGUCAGCCAGAUGGAACGCGAGCAACUCGAGACCUUCUUUCGGGGCUUGAAAUCUCAGGUGUUCGUCUGCGAGUCGUUGGCGAACCUGUAUCUCGGGAACGCGUCGCAGACCGAGAGAUGGGAGCUCCGAUUCACCGGGAUACCAGUGGUGGUUCUGGAUCUCGGGGAAACGCGAUCGAGAUCCAAGCGGCGGAUCCAGAUUCUGCUGGCGGAGCGCGGCACUUGCUUCACGCUUUGGAGAGAGACCAUCGAUAAUCUCUCGUCGUACAAGGUGUCUGGUCCAGCGUUUCACACGAUGUGUCUGUCGUCGGAUCACACGCGCCUCGCCGGGCUCAGCUUCGACAAUCCGAAGGCGGCGAACGAUCUCUGGCAGCACAUAGAACGGCUCGUCUCCUGUCCGGAGAACAUCAGCCUGUCGGUGCCGGGUAAGAAGAAGAAGAAACCGGCGCCGAAGAAGGUGGUGCUGCCGGCGAAGAGCAACAUCAGCCAGCCCUGUCAGUUCCAGCACGUGACGAGCGUGGACGCCGCCGAUCGGUCGCGAUACUUCUCGCUUCAGACGUUGGUGCCGGCUCUGAACGAGCUGGGGAACUCGUUGGAGGCGAACUUCUGAGACAACGGGAAGCCCGACGAGCCUGUGGACCCGUAGUUCCCCUUGCUCGUCCCUCCGUUCCCUGUCCGAUCGGAUCGUUUUAGCUAAAUUACGCCGAGAAGAUCGGAAGAGAGACCUCGAUCCUCGAGCUAAAUCAAACGCGCCGCUCUCCUCUCGCAGGAAGCAGAAACGAAGAUUCAAACACCUCGAGCGGACGUUCUCGAGAGUCGUUUCACGGAUUUUAUGCGUUUAUGCACGGAGAAUAUAUUUUGUAAAAUAUACGAAGAGAGAAUCGCACUCGUGACCGAGGUUCGUGUUUGUUAAAUAUUUGUAAAUUAACGCGUUCACUGCCAGACCAAUCCUGACUCCGUCGAGACUCGUCGAUCUCCGAGAAUUGACUUUCGUAGCUUCUCAGUGAAAAUGCUUGACUGGAACAAACGCGGCAGUGAACGUAUUAAGAAUUCCUUGGCGUUUUAUAUAAUCGUUGGAACCUCGAUUAUCGCAGAAAUUUCCAGCCCCCUGUCGCUCGUGUGUCUCGUGUCUUACUUGUUGCUUAUCCAGCAGCCCCCUCACUUGUUGACAGUACUGCAACGAACGAGCCUUUGUACGAUAAACUACCCUUGCGUAGAAUUUCAUAACGAAAUAAAGCUGUAGAAGCCCACAAUAUCCUACGUUGUUUCAUUUUGAAGACUUUCGUGUUCCAGCACGGCAUAAAUGCAUAAAGUCCACGGUACGUCGCGAUUGUUCCAAAAUCGAAAGGAGUUUCUCUAGCAAACCGGCGACCGUUUCGAGUGUGCUUUUAGAGAACGGAGGAGAUUAUGAUUAACGGAAGCGUGAAGCGUAAAUUAUGAUACAAUGUUUUGCGGAAACGCGCGCGUAGACGUCAAUGGCGGACGAUGAAGCUCGAACUCGCGGUUGCCGUUGCGACGAGAGCCUGGUCGUCGAUGGUACUCGGUUUUUGUUCCUCGGUCGCAAUUAGCCGACCCUUCUGCGUUCAGAAAACCGUUGUAAUUCCUUUUGCCGCGGAGGGGUUCUUCCGGUGCGUUUUUCUCUCCGCGAUUCCGGUUUCCAUUUUAACCCCUCAAUGCCCGUAUCGUUCUCAGACAAUUUUCAUCGUGUCUGUUUGCAUUCAACUUUCAUUUUUAGUUCGUUCGUGCGUGCGAUUAAUUGGGAUAACGAUGCAUAAUUAUCCCAAUUACCGGGACGAUUUUUAUUUAUUACGAUAUUAGUGCACUUUCCUUUCGUGGUUUAUUCUCUGAUCUAAGUACUGUGUACCGCGUGUAUUCUCUUUCCAAUUUUAUCGCGUUUACGAUAAACUGUUGUUAGAGAAAGAGCGUGGGCACUGUGGGUCCAUUUUUUCUUUUUUCUUUUUGUCACUCCACGACUCGAAUUCUGAUUUUUAUCCAAGAAAUACUCGACUUGGACGGAUGGUUUCUUCACGAGUCGAAGUUAAAUAGAAAAAUUUACGGGAAAGGAACCUCUAAUUAAUAUGCAAGCACAGUAGGAACUCCGACAUUCAUAUUCAUAAGGCAGGACCGUUUGAAUACGGGAACUUUCGAACCAUAGAACUCUCGCUUCCUACGAAACCGAUCGAAGAAUGAAUUUUGCGUUAAAAAAGAAUAAAUAUUCGCGAGUUCUCAGAGGCCGUCGACGACAGGCAACGCGCGUUUCAAAAUGGCAGACUCCAUUCUUUCCGAAAUGUCGACAAACUGCGUCUGGAAUGUACAAAUGUAGCAAGUUUCGUAUUUUCGGCGUCGACAAAAUCCUAUUUAACGCCUUCUCUGUUCACCGUGUAAAUAAAUUCGUUUCUUCGAAUUCACGUGCACGUAAAAUCAAAGGCGUCCAACGGUAUACCUUGAAACACGCUCCGACUAAUUUCAAUUGCUAAUAAUUUGAAAGAAUACUACUUUUUAAUCAUUUUUUAAACACUUGGUGACCAGCGAGCACGUUAAAAGGACCGACGUCGGAUAUUAUAAACACUUACAAGAGCCAUGGACGUGACGAUUUCUCGUUGCAGUGUAAAAUGGUCGCGUCCGUGGCUCUUACGAGACAGAUCAUAAUAAAAGGAAAAUCGAUGUUUAAAACGACUUCAGAAUUUACGAGUAACAACGUUUAAGCGACUGUUUAGAAUUGUUGUAGUUAAUCGUUCGAGGACCCUAAGUAUUCGUCGUUAGAUUUGAAAAUGAUUCACCGUCUAAAGUCCAGCGAUCGUUGCAAAGAGCAUAGAAAAUUGAAAUUUUCACCGAUACUCGAGAAUUAACGAAUUUGCGCUCGACGCUGGACGUUUGAUAAUAAUAUCGCUGAUUUCUGUGCACGAUGGCUCGCGAGAAGCUUCCUCCACGUUCACCUUUGACCGUCGAGGAUCAGUUCCCUGCGAUCGUGCGUCGGGAAUCGUCGAUAAGCUUUUGCCACGUGUACCGUUCUCAUUCCGCGACACUUUGUCGUUUAUCACGAAGUCGGGGCUUUUGCGUCGAUCUUCGAACGAAUUUCUGUCGCUAUACAUACGCCUCGAUAGCUCUACGCAUACGUCGAUGUUUACCUCCUAUUCCGAGACGGAGGAGAAGGUAGGAAAA